UACAUAUUUACCAGCAUGACACUAGUGACAUCGAUAGGUAGACUAAUCAAGGAAUACACACAUGAUCAAUAGAUAAAAGAAGGAUAAAAUGCAUUGCGUUAUGUAAGGAACUAGAUUUGGAGCGAAUAUAGAGAUUACAUAACAGAGUAAAACAAGCACUGGAAGUAUGACAGAGUGACUGUGAUUUAAAAGAAAACAUAAAUUUACCCUACAACUGCACAAAGGGCAUCAUAUCUCUACCGUAUAUUUUAACAAUAUGGAGCAAGUUAGUGAUACUCCAAUGGAUGAAGAAAAGUCCAAUGAUAAAUAUGAAAAUGUGUCACCUAAUAAAAACAGAACUAACAAAGCUGAAACAGAUGAUACAGUCACAGCUUCAGAGACUCUUUUAACGCGCAAUAUGGAACUAGAUUCAAUUCAGAAUGAUUGUGAUAAUUCUUCUACUGAAUCGCAGAAUAUGACUUCUGAACAAAAGUUCACCCUAGUGUCACUGUGUGUGUCUUAUAUAUUUGAAGCAGCUUUCUUCUCAAUGUUAGGACCUUUCUUUCCACAGGAGGCUAAUAAGAAAGGAGCAUCAGAAACAAUGACAGGCCUCAUCUUUGGAAUAUUUGCAGUUGUUAUGUUUUUAACAUCACCAUUCUUUGGAGCAAUUUUAACUAGGGUAGGAGCCAAGUUCAUGUUUGUCGCAGGACUGUUUGUAGCUGGAGGGUGCAAUGUGAUAUUUGGAUUUCUUGAUGAGUCUCCUAAUGGCUGGAUUUAUGUUGUAUUGUGUUUAACAGUUCGUACUUUAGAAGCUCUUGGGACCAGUGCAUACGCUACUGCAUCAUUUGCUAUCAUGGCAUACACAUUCCCCGACAGGGUCUCCACCAUGUUUGGCAUAAUAGAGGUUUUUGGUGGCUUGGGCAUGAUGAUAGGGCCCGUAAUUGGGGGAGCAUUGUUUCAGGCUGGUGGAUUUAAGCUCCCCUUCGUAGUCUCAGGGGCUCUAGUCACAUUUAUAGCAAUACUGUGCAUUUGGUUGCUCCCAUCACCCAAAAAUUUAGAGAAUAUGCAGGGAUCUAUACUGUCAUUGUUCAAGAUGCCUAUCACAUUCUUAGUGUAUUACAUUAUAUUUGUGGGAGCUCUCACUAUAGGUUUUUUAGAUGUCGCAUAUUCUCUGCAUUUAAAACCAUUCCAUUUAAGUCCACUUUUGGUUGGAAUUGUGUUCCUAGUGGGGCCAGCAGUGUAUGCCUUGGCAUCACCAUUUCUUGGCUGUAUCCUUGAUAAAAAGGGCUGGUGUAAAAGUUCAAUGGCUUUAGGAGGAAUAUUGGUUUUAGUAUCAUUUUCAUUAAUGGGACCGGUGCCAUUUCUGUCUCUUCCAAUAGAAUCACUCUGGUUGAAUAUUGUAAGCAGUGUCAUGCUAGGCUUGGGCUUUUCUACUCUUUUAGUACCUCCGCUCCAGGAACUUUUGAUCGCAGCAUUUAAAAGUGGAUAUCCUGACAAUCUUGAAACUUAUGGUAUAACUUCAGGACUUUACACAUCAGCCUUUUCCGCUGGAGGACUCGGAGGUUCCAUAGGAGGUGGAUUUUUACUUGAGAAAGUAGGUUUCUCAUGGACAGCAUUUAUUAUGGGGCUUAUGGGAGCUUCCUGUACACUAUUUCUGGCCUUAUAUCAAUUUGUAAGAACGUUUCGUUGUAAGUCCAAAGAGGAGAUACCUGAACGUAGUCCUUUGAUUCCAUAGUAUGCUGCAUUAUUUAAUACCAGGUUACUUUUGGAUAGUGGACUGUCAAAUUUUGGAGUAAAUUUACAAUUACUCCAUAAUUAUUAUCAUGACAUUGUUGGAUGGCCUAAAGUUGUAAAACUAUGGACUCAGUAAAAAGAA